CUCCAAUCAAUUCUAGCCAAAUUCCGGGACUAGUCACUCAAAGAGCCAAUGAAAGUAAUCAGCAGUUCAAACCGGGGCGUAGCAGCUUGCGGCUGGGCGAGGAAACAAAAGAAACAAUAAAAAAAGCCUUCCGGGACACAUUGAUUUCCAUUUCAACCGGCGCGGGCGCUUUUUUUGUAUUUUUAGUAACCACAUCUGUAAAUAUUUUUAUUUUUUAUUUUAGCAUUUAUUUUUAAUCUAUUUAAAUACUUUCUUUUGAAAAUAGUUUAACAAUGACCAGUAGCACAUCAUUACUGGUUACCGAGGAGACGGAGCCUGAGCUCCCGCCGCUGGUAGAAAGGCUUGAAGACUUGGGCCUCGAUGAGCACGGCCCGCAGAGGUAUUUAGGGCCGCAGGAAGCCCCGAUCGCUGCGGUACAUCAACAUCACCAGGCGGCCCAGUUCAGUUUGCUCGGGACCGUGCUGGACCUGCAGCCGCAGUCGCGACAUCAGCAGCAGGACGAGGAAGUGGAACUAGAAGUGGAGGAAUUAGACGAGACAGAAUCAAACACGCUCCUCACACAGGCCCAGAUACCAUGUUUGGGCUCUGUUAUGCUGCCGGGGUUGGAGGCCCCAGAGACGAUCAUGCUGUACACCGGCGGCGUGGAGGAUCCCCAGCAGCAGCAGGUCCCCGGGAUGAUAAUGAUACUUCCGCCGGGUUACGGAGAGCAUGGUUUCGAGGGCGAUCAUCCUUCUGUCAUGCGGAGGAAGAGCGUCAAUACCACGGAGUGUGUGGAGGUGCCGACCUCCGAGCACGUAGCAGAGAUAGUUGGCAGACAGGGUUGUAAAAUCAAGGCGUUGCGGGCCAAGACCAACACGUACAUCAAGACACCAGUGCGAGGGGAUGAGCCAGUCUUUGUGGUGACAGGGAGGAAAGAGGAUGUGGCCAUGGCUAAGAGGGAGAUCUUGUCCGCAGCGGGGCAUUUCUCUAUGAUCCGAGCGUCUCGCAACAAGACGGGCCCAUUGACCGGAGGACUCCCUGGUGCCCCCAACCUGCCUGGCCAGAACACCAUCCAGGUGCGAGUGCCUUAUCGGGUCGUGGGCUUGGUGGUGGGUCCCAAAGGUGCCACGAUCAAGCGUAUCCAACAGCAGACGCACACCUAUAUCGUGACCCCCAGCCGAGACAAGGAGCCAGUGUUUGAGGUGACGGGCAUGCCAGAGAAUGUGGACCGGGCACGUGAGGAGAUUGAGGCGCACAUUGCCAUGCGAACCGGCAGUUACGUGGAGAUGACUGGGGAGGAGAACGACUUCCACUACAAUGGCACUGAUGUUGGCUUCGAGGGGGGGCCUGGUGGUGGUGGCGCUUGGCUGAACAACCGUGCCCCGUCGGGUGGAGGACCCAGUGGCACCCGCAUGAUCUCCAACUACCGCAACGACAGCUCCAGCUCCCUGGGGAGCGGCUCCACCGAUUCCUACUUUGGGGGCAGCCGCAUGGCAGACUUCAGUCCCACCAGCCCCUUCAACGCAGGCAGCAGCUUCUGGUUUGGGGAGUCCUUGCUGCCCCUGGGCUCUGAAGACCUGGGAGGAGUGGAGUCUCCUGGCUUUGAUUCCUUGACAGCGCCACCUCCUCCACCGCAGCAGCAGGUCAUCUGGAGCCCCUUUGAGCACGGGAACCCCCUCUUAGGGUUUGAAGGGAAAAACCAACGGCGGGAUAGCCAACCCAGCACCCCACGCCUCUCACCCACCUUCUCUGACAGCCAGGAGCACCACCGGAUGUACAUCCAGGCCUUCUCCUCCUCCAGCGAGAGCUCCACCUCCAGCUCGCCCCCCGACUCUGCCAGCUCAGCAGGGCUGUGUCAGGGCAAACGGGACUGCAUCAGGUGCUUCGAGAGCGAAGUUAUUGCUGCUCUAGUGCCCUGUGGCCACAACUUGUUCUGCAUGGAGUGUGCCAACCGCAUCUGUGAGAACAGAGAGCCUUUGUGCCCAGUGUGCCAGGCCCCUGUCACGCAGGCCAUCAGGAUCUUAAGCAUGUGAAAUCCCAGUGAGUUAGUUUGUGAGCAAGAUUGAUGGAUACAGAGGCAUUUGAGUGGGUGAUGGGGCGAGCAUAUGGAAUCUGUUGGUAUCGUCUUGUGUUUUGCAUUUUUAUUUUUUGACUUAAUCAUUAGGCAAAAAAAAAAAAGGUUAGGAUUAGGCUUAAGUUGUUGGUCAUAUAACAUGCAUACACAGGGUGUUUCAAAAGCACUGUACCAUAAUAGUUUUGUUUCUUUUGUCCUGUUGCAGGUGAGACUCUAAUGUACCUCGAUGGCACAGUAUACACUGCAGUGGGUCAGGGCUUUUGAAACACCCUGUAAUAUCAUUUUUUUUUUCCCUGAAUAGCUGCUAAAUUGAGAAGAAACUACAUGUUCUAUUGGCCCCCAGCCUCUUCCAGAGAUGCCAGUUGUAAAAGGGAGAAAGUGGCGCUUAUUUUAUUUAUAUAUACAUAAAAAAAAGGUCAUGCGCUUAUGUAUCCGAUUUUAAGACCCUAUGGUAUAGUAGUAGUUGGUCUGGGUUGGAACUCUACUCCAAAAAUAAAGCCACACCUCUUAACUGCCUCUGAUAGUACUGCCAUGCUAUGUAACCUUUUUUGCAGUUUACAACAACUUGUGCCUAAUUCCGCUGUUAACAAUAUUUCUGUUUUAAAGAAUUCAUGUUUGCUUGGGAAGGGGUUUUACAGUGGAGCGAGGAUAACCGUUACUACAGAUCAGUCCAUUUAGAGUGAAGGUAUUAAUGUUUUACAGAAGAAACUUGGGAGCCUACUUUGGACAGUCAGCGUAAGAUCAAAGGAUCAAGAAAUCAGUCUGUUUUAACCUUGAUUGUUCAAGUACACCCAACCAGAGCUUUUAAACGUGGGGAAGUCCACUGGUCCAUCACAGAAAAAGGCAUUUGUGCAAGCUUUGGUUGUUAAUGAGGCUGUUCAAACAUUCCAUUUAAUAUUACAUUUUCUUUUAGAAUAAGUAGUUUGAAUUCUGGAGAGUCUUGGUUUCCUCCCUUUUUUAUGUUUUUUGUGUGCAAAGCUCACUGAAGAGAGAUCACCCCCCAGCCUCCCCUUUUUAAAAAACAAAAAAAACAACAAACACCAAAGCUGUUGUCACAAUUAGGCUCUCAAUCACAGUCUGCUUUCUUGCAUAUAUAUUUUUUGAAAAUGUGAAUUGUAGCUUUUACUGAGUAUUUUAGCUGAUGCCUCCCCCACCUUCUCCCCCUUUCCUGUAGUAUAAUGCAUCAGUGGUUUUGAGUUGCAGGUGAAGUUUUGACAGGCCGUUUUUCCAAGUCCCAGCUUUGUUUUAAAGUUUAAGUAGCAGUGUUGCCAAUCUUCAUGUAGCACACCAGGGGAGCCUAUUUCUCUGUGAUGGUUUGCAGUCUGUCCUGGAAGAGAAGAGGAGACUGGUGGUUAAAACUAGUUUUCUGAUUGGCUGUGUGUGCAUCUAGUCCAGACACUGCUCUCCUAUUAGUACAAUCCUCAGCCAGUUACAGUUUGUAACCACAUCAGACAAACUUAGUUAGGAGCCCAAUGGACUUUCCUGCAAUAAUUGUUCAACAGUAAUUCUUUCCAAAACCAAAAAAAAAAAAAAAACACUUAAAUUGGUUGUGAUUCACUGAUCAAGGUUAACAUUGACUUUUUUUGCAUGUGUUAAACUGGUAAAUAUAGAUAUUACAUAGUUAAAUGUAUUAUAUAUAUAUAUAUAUAUAUAUAUAUAAUGAAAAAGAAGUUUACAAAUAACAGUUUUUAUUUUUUCAUUAUGAGAAAUGCCUUGAUGGCGUAUUAAGGUGUGAUGCAUACCUUUUAAAGCUAACUGCUUGUAGUAUAGUCAGUAUUGAAUCUUAAACUUAGCUGCCGUCUUGUUAUGAACGGAUGUUCUCAAAGCAUGUGUUUUGUAUUAUUGUAUUGCAUCGUACACUGCAACUAAAAAAACAAGGAAUUAACCCAUUACGUGCGUGUACUAUUUCUGUAAACUACAAACUAAGAAUGACAUACUGUACCAGUUAGUUUUACUAAUUUUACUACACUUUUGUUAUGUAUAUGUAGGGAAGUCAUAGGGAUUAUAAAUUCAAUAUAUUGAGUAAAGUUUAAAAAACAUAUAUUUUAUGAUAAAGGGCCUUUAACUUGUGUGGCCAAAGCACUGAUAUUAUUAUAUAUUUGCUGUAAAGAGAAUUCUAAGAGUUUUAUUUUUCUGAUAUUAAAAGUUACUUAAUAAAGACAGUUUCCUUUAAAAA